AUGACGCGCACCAGCACUAGCGCAACAAGCAGCAGCACCACCGUGAGCAGCACCACUGGAUCCAGCAGCGCCACGCGCAGCAGCACCAGCGCAAGCAGCAGCACCACAGUGACCAGCACGACUCGAACCAGGAGCACUACCAGCACCGAGACGUCUGGCACGACCGUGUCCUCGACCACCCUGUCGUCUACCUCCGAGUCGUCGACCACGUCCAUGACGACGACCUCCGCGACGACUUCUUCAACCCUGACCCGGACCACGACCACGGGGACGUCGAGCGUGACUACAAGCACUGAGACUUCUAGCACGACCUUGUCUUCGCCCACCCUGUCGUCCACCUCCGAGUCGUCGUCCACGUCCAUGACGACGACCUCCGAGACGACUUCUUCAACCCUGACCACGACCACGGGGUCGUCGAGCGUGACUAGAAGCACCGAGACGUCUAGCUCGACUGUGUCCUCGACCACCCUGUCGUCUACCUCCGAGUCGUCGACCACGUCCAUGACGACGAUUUCCGCGACGACUUCCUCAACCCUGACCACGACAACGACCACGGGGUCAUCGAGCGUGACUACAAGCACCGAGACGUCUAGCUCGACCUGGUCUUCUACCUCUGAGUCGUCGAUUACGUCCAUAACAACGACCUCCCAGACGUCUUCCCCAACCCUGACCACAACCACGGGGACGUCGAGCGUGAGUACAAGCACCGAGACGUCUAGCUCGACCGUGUCCACUUCGAGCUCGUCAUCGGAGAGUUCCACCACGAGCAUUACUACAACCACUGUGAGUUCAACCACUCAGACUUCCAGCACGACGGUAUCCUCAACCACUGCGAGCUCGACCACGGAAAGCUCCACCACGAGCGUUUCCACAACCACCCUGAGUUCAACCACGCCGACUUUCACCAGCGGGAGUUCCUUGACUAGCGUGUCCUCAAUCACUUCGAUGACAACGACUGAAAGCUCCACCAAAAGCAUGUCUACAACCACGUUGAGUUCAAUCACGCAGACUUCCACCAGCAGGAGUUCCAGCACUUCCUUGUCCUCGACAACGAAAAGCUCCACCACGAGCCUUUCCAACACCACCUUGAGUUCAAUCACUCAGACUUCCACCAGCAGGAGUUCCAGCGCGACCUUGUCCUCGAGAUCGGCGAGUUCCACGACGAGCAUCUCCUCAUCGACCUUGAGUUCAACCACUCAGACCUCCACCUCCUUGAGUUCAAGCACUCAGACUUCCGCCAGCUGGAGUUCCAGCACGACCGUGUCGUCGACCUCUGCAAGCUCGACUACGGAAACUCCACCACUAGCCUUUCCACAACCACUUUUAGUUCAACAACGCAGACUUCAAGCAGUGCCACUUCCACCAGUGAGAGUUCGAGUACGACCGUGUCCUCGAUCACUGCGAGCUCAACCACCGUCAGUACAAGUAGCGGCAGCUCUACCGCGACUCGAUCUUCGCGCACUGAGACGACGUCCACCUUGA